CCGAGAUGUGGAAAAGGGCAUGUGAUCAGGAGGAUUUCACCUGCUUUCCUCAGCUGGAUGCUUUUCUCUGCAGUGAGGAUGUGGCGACAGCUCCGGUGAAGUUAGUCAUAGUGGGACAUUUGGCUAACUUGAUCAGUGGUUUUCAUUCCUACUUUGCUGACAUGGAUGAGAAAUCUGCACAGCUGGAUUGGAUGAAGUUUGGUGCAUCCACGCUCACACAGUUUUGGGUGUGUGUGAGGCAGGAGCACCCUGAGCUGGGACAGAAAGCUUUGGAGCAGCUGCUACCCUUUGCAUCCACAUAUUUAUGUGAGGCCUCCUUCUCUGCAAUGAUGCUGAUCAAAACAAAGCAAAGAAACAGACUGUGCCUGGAGAAGAGCUUGAUCACUGCAGUUGCCUCCCUGCCAAUAAGAAUGACAAAGAUCCUCAGAGGAUCAGGUCAACGGAAACUGAACUUGUUGACACCAGAAGAGGAAGGAUACACAGGGGCCAGUUUUGUGAAGAGCUGGGGAGGCAAGGGCUGUCUCUACAUUAUGCCCAUCCAGAACACACUGGACAUUUCUCCCCUACCCUUCACAGCCGUGGAGUUCCAGGCCAUGCCUAAAGCCCGGUGUGUGUCAUGUCAGGAGUAUGUGCCUCUGCAGCUCCUCAGUCUCCAUGUCAAGACAUGUAUCCAGUCUAAAGUCAAGGUUGAGGUCAUCACUCUUGGAUUGGCAGGGGGGGCAACAGUAAAAGAAAUUGUGUGGCGCAUUUUAAAACAGGCCAUCAAAAAUGACCUUGCUAAGACGAUCUCAUGGCGUGGCCUGAAUGGCAAGGUGCCUUUUGAAAAGCUCCACCUCAGGGCAGUUGUGACAGAUGCUGUCAGACGUAACCCAAUCUGUCUGGAAGCAACUGAUCUGACCAUUGCUGAUGCUAUUAAAAGGUGGUUCUACUGGGCUGGGGAUCGAGAGGGGGGGAGGAAAAAUCGGCUGCCAGGCUCCAGCCGAGGGCAGCCAGCAGAA